AUGAUGCAGGCCAACCACCACUCGACCGUGCUGCUAGCCACGCUACUUCUCCCCGUCCCCAAGGUCAAGUCACCACCACCGGGGGAGCCGGGGGUGUCAGCAUCGUCAACCUGGGUACAUUGGAUCUUGGCGCAGCCUGCCGACCGUCAUAAGACGUCCUUUCUUGCCGCACUGCACAGCUCCGAGGGCUAUGGCAAUGCCGUCUACUACCCAGAUAGCAAGGCUAUCACGCACUCGUGGAUGUUCAGGCUCGCCGAGGAGGUCAGCCCAGAGGACGUUGUAGUUGACCUUGGUGAUCUGGGCGUGACGGAUGGCAUCGGCGCAUUCGACAAUAUAUUUGCCUUGGUAUGCCAGGGUCUCCUAUGCCCUACGCAGAUCUCGUCACCCAUCUCACUAUUCCCUACCCCGAGCAGACUCGUUGUCUGA